AAUUCAAGGACUACGACACGUUCUCUGUCCGCUCCGACCUAUAGAUCAUUUCCGUCUCCCAUUUCCCACUCGAAAAUCGAGAAUCGGUCAGCGGUCGCACGCAUGUCGUAACAUGUCCGUCAUGUCUUUGCCCAGCUUAGAGGGCGCCACGAAGAACAACUGGGACUUGAGCACUAGAACUGCUAGCCUUCGACAUCGACGAUGAACGACUCGAAUCGCAUUCAGCCCAGUAACGCUAGGGGAAUAGACCCGGAAGUCGUGCUGCCAUCUCUUGUUCAAAAAUUUCCCUUCACACCUCAGCUGGCGCACGCAUCUCCAUAUGGGCGCCCGACGACGCGACAUGUCCAGGGCGGUACAAGCCACGAAUUUGUACACAAGACUUCUUCCGAGGGCUUGGUCACAAACUCGAGCCAUCCUAGUGCACUCAAUGCGCCUAUCGAACAGCGCGGCCACGAUGAUUCAGCUCUAGAAGACGAGCCCCAUACCACGAAGCCAAAACGGAAGAACGACAAUGGAUCAGUUCCAAGAGCAUCUCGGGAACGGCGAGCCGCUCGCGUUGGCGAAUUGGAAGAACGUCUUCGACAUGUCAAGGAGGUACAUGAAAAAGAUGAAGCCGGACGUCAGAAGCGUCUGCACAACCUUAAGCUUGAAUUGCAGGCAUACAAGUCUAAAUGCGAAGUACUGGAGAACCUCCUUCAACGGGAACGACAGGAUCGGGUGGAUGUGGAGAGAAAUAUUGGGAAUGCACGGGAGAGAGAGAGAUCUGUCGGUUGUAGUUCAUCACCGUCUGGUUGUGCGAGAAAACAUUGACAUUCGUGUUCUUC